CCAUGAUUCAGGAGUGCAAAUUCGCUAUUCAUUACAUCCAUUCCAAGAUGAGGGAACAACAACUCUGUACUUCUUCUACAAAGGCCUCGAUCUGACAGAUCCAUUUCUUGAUAGUUUGAGAAGAUGCUUGAAUGGAAUUCAAGAAACUAUUCCUCCAGAAUCGAUACCUUCACUUUUCGGAUCUCCCAAUGAAGUUCAAGUGUUACUUGAAUAUCAAUUAAUCUUUCUUCAUUACGUACGGGCUCAUGGGAACAUAGCCAUUAAAUUCGUGGCAGUAGAAGCGGUUGGACUUGACAGUGCCUUUUCGAUUAUGUUGAAUAAUGGUGGAAGUGGACGUCCUGAAGUGUUCAUCCCUCCUGGAGAACCUUCACAAGUUCUAGUGCAGGCUUUCCCAGCUACUGGAAUCCUCGAAGUGCAUUGGAGUGAGCCAUUCAUCGGUGGAAACAACGUCACGGAAUACGUCGUUUGGUUCAGAACCGACAGGGAUCCGCCAGAAAAUUGGAAUUUAAUUCGAACAACUACAUCACCGGGGACAAUUCAUGGAAUUAUUCCUGGGCUAAGGUAUUCCUUCAAGGUGAGUGUCACGAGUUGUCUUGGAUCAGGACCAUUUAGUUCGACUGUCAAUUGGGAAAUUCCAUCGAUGAGAUUGCAUUCUGCACAUCCGCAACCACCUACUGUCCAUUCUCCCCUUCUGGUCGACAUAGAACCAAACAGUUUAGCAAGUCAAUUUUCAUUCCCUGAUCGAGUAAUAACAAGCCGACAUACAAUCCAUGAUCCAGUCAUGACACGCCAAAAUUCAAACCCUGAUCAAGUCAUAAUACGCCAAGAUUCAAUCCCUGAUCAAUUCAUGAUACGCCAAAAUUCAAUCCCUGAACAAAGCAAUCAAGAACUAUGGACCAAAUGCAGGUCGCUUCAAAAGACUUCCUGGAAACCUGCUGAUGUCUUAAGGGAAAGAGGUACCCGUAGUCACCAUGCGAGGCCUGUGUAUCAAGUGAAAACAGAGUAUACAAUGAAGGAUCCAGACAGCCGAACAGCGAAGUGUCAGCUGUCUUUUGACUCCAUUCAUCGGGACAAAGAGGAAAAAGUCAUCAUUCUCCUCGGUGCCACUGGAGCGGGGAAAAGCACUUUGGUGAAUGCACUCGUCAAUCACUUUUACGGCGUGGAGUGGGAGGACUCCUUCCGGCUGGAGCUGAUUCCCGAUACUGAGAGCAGGGAACCAAAGGCACUCAGUCAGACAUCCUGGAUAACCGCCUACACACUUCCUUGGCAAGAAGGAUGUCAAGCCCCCUACAAUCUCACAAUCGUUGACACUCCUGGGUUUGGUGACACAACGGGAUUGGUGGGGGACAAGAGCAUCACGACCCAGCUACAGACGUUCUUCACUAAAGGAGAAAGCGAGGGUCUAGAUCAUCUAAAUGGGAUCGGAUUUGUGCUUCAGGCGUCCAACUCCAGAUUGACCCCAACGGAGAAAUAUAUAAUGGACUCCAUACUAUCUGCUUUCGGAAAGGAUGUCGUCAACAGCAUUUACUUGAUGAUAACAUUUGCUGACAGUAAGAGUCCACCUGUUCUCAAUGCUGUCGAGGAAUUGGACAUACCCCACGUGGGGGAGCAUGUCAAUAGUCAGCAUCGAUUCCAGACAUACACCGUCGAAGAAACGAAGACAAUGGAUGACCUGAAAAACUCUUAUGGAAAGGCGCUUCAGGGAAGGAUGACUGCCGAGAAGUUAAUGUUUGCCUCUCGACAGAAGUACGAAGAUAUAUUAAAUGACACCAUGGAUCUUGUCUGCGAUGCCCAUCAGAAUCUCUGCGAACUGGAUAAAAUAGCCCUGAAACCGAAUCCCUUGGCCAUCGGGGACUAUUUGGAUCUCUUAAUCUCAUCAGAGAGCAACCAAAUAAAGCCCGGAUGGAUGGAGAGACUAACAAAGGCUGAACUCGAUGAAUCCGAUAUGGAAACAGCAGAAGCCCAAUUUCCAUCGUCCUCCGAACUGUCUCUACCGGUAUUUCAGGGCGACGUGCAACAGCCCUUGCACUGA